ACUGCGUCACGUCGCCGCGCCCGCGCGCACAGGCCCGCGCACCUUCCAAACCACUCCCGCGCAUGAGUCCUUGGCGCGCCCUGGCGAUGCUCGCUGCCGUCGCGCGCGGGCUGCGGCCGUCGGCCCGCCCGAGCUUCCGGCGCGGCCGCACGAUCACCAUGGGCCUGAAGACGGGCAUCGUCGGCCUGCCCAACGUGGGCAAGAGCACGCUCUUCAACGCGCUGACGGAGGACGUCAACGCCGAGGCGGCGAACUACCCCUUCUGCACCAUCGAGCCCAACGUGGGCGUCGUGUCGGUCCCCGACGCGCGAUUGGCCGCGCUCUCGGACAUCCACGACUCCGAGAAGACGGUCGCGACGAGCCUCGAGUUCGUCGACAUCGCCGGCCUGGUCAAGGGCGCGUCCAAGGGCGAGGGCCUGGGGAACCAGUUCCUCGCGAACAUCCGCGAGUGCGACGCGAUCGUCCACGUCGUCCGCUGCUUCGACGACGAGAACGUGAUCCACGUCGACGGGUCCAUCGACCCCCUGCGCGACGUCGACGUCAUCGAGCUCGAGCUCGCGUUGAGCGACCUGGCCCAGGUCGAGAAGCGCCGGGAGCGCGCGGGCAAGGACGCGAAGACGGGCAAGGCGCCGCCCUGUGAGAUCCCCGCGCUCGACAAAUUGGCCGCGGCGCUCGACGAGGGCACGCAGGCGCGCGACGUCGCCCUCGAGGACAAGGAGCUCGAGGCCGUCAAGGGGUUGAACCUGUUGACCAUCAAGCCCGUCAUCUACGCGUGCAACGUCGCCGACGACGAUCUGGCCGAGGGCAACGCGAUGGUCGAGAAGGUCCGCGCGAAAGCCGCGGAGACGGGCGAGACCGUCGUCGUCGUGUCGGCGCAGGUCGAGUCGGAGCUCGUCACGCUCGAGGCCGAGGACCGCGACGAGUUCCUCGACGCGCUCGGCGUGUCGCUCGAGGCCUGCGGCCUCCGCGCGCUCGUCCGCUCCGCGUACGACGCUUUGGGCCUCAUCACCUACUACACGUCGGGCCCGACGGAGACGCGCGCCUGGACCAUCGUCGACGGCUGGCGCGCGCCCCAGGCCGCGGGCGUCAUCCACGGCGACUUCGAGCGCGGCUUCAUCAAGGCGGAGACCGUCGCCUACGACGCGCUCGUCGCCGCGGGCGACGAGAAGGUCGCCAAGGAGCAGGGCCUCGUGCGCGCCGAGGGCAAGGAGUACGUCGUCAAGGACGGCGACGUCAUGCUCUUCCGCUUCAACGUCUAAGCAAGGAGAUAGGG